UGUUUGUAAAAAAUUGCUAAUAAUUCCGUAGCAAUGAAGGUUUACUUUAAUAUUUUUUUAAACUAUUGUUUAUUUCAAAUAAUUAUUUAUAUUAAUUUGUCAUUAUGUGCCAACAAAUUUGCAAUAACUGGUCCGACAAACAUUGAAAGAUGGAUAUCAAACAAGAUAUUAGUCAAUCUUUAUGAAUGGGAUUUUGACAAUACUAUGAUAAUUGUUGAUAUAAACAGCAAAAUAGACACCGGUAUUAAAACCAGUCAAAACAAAACAUAUACGUUAAAGACACCCACACCUGACCUUACGUUUGACUUUACACUUACCGAUCAGUGGCCAUAUGGUGGCUGUACGGCCACUAUAACCGGUCUGAAUGCUGCCAAAGCUCAAGUGUUUAGUCAGACUAUGAAUUUAAAUAUGAUUAAUAGUAAAUAUCAAGUGUUGGUUCAAAGUUCAAGUGAUGUUUACAGUCCGGGAGAAAAUGUAAUGUUUCGGGUAAUUGUCUUAAAUGAAAAGUUCCAAAAAAUUGAUAAUAAAGUUAUUAAUAAGUUUAGCAUUUCGUUAACAGACCCAUCAGAUUUUGAUAAACAAUAUAUGACUAUGGUUAAAGGAGAAAUCAAUACAACAGAUAAUUAUUAUCAAUCUUUUUUCAAUUUGUCAAACAGUGUUACAAAUGACAUUAUAUUUAACCUGGACACAAAUGCACCCGAAGGAACAUGGUCAAUCAACAUUAAUAUUGAUAAUACUAAUGUUAUAUAUAAAUUCUUAGUUUCACAAUAUCAAACACAAUUUGCUAAUUAUGUUACAAACAUAGAUAAGAUUAACGAUUAUAGGAAUCCCAAAGUUAAUUUAUCUAUUGAUGUCAAAUAUGAUUUUAUGGAAAAUGUACAUGGUCAAUUGAUGGUAAAUGUAACCAAAGAUAUUGAUUGUGACAAACAAAUACCCAUUAAAUGUUGGGUCAGUAACUUCAAUGAUUUUGAUACCCAACUGGACUUUAGUACUACACCAAUGCUUAAUCCUAAAUGUGAUAAUCAGUUUAAUGUUUAUAUACAAACUAUAGACAAUUUUACCAGACAAGUUUAUCAUGAUAAAAAAAUAAUUAAAUUUACUAAUGUACCAAUUAACGUAGUAUUUCUCAAUGCCAAUAAACAAAUUAAACCUGGCUUAAAUUUUAAAGUAUUUAUAAAGUUUUCAUUAGUGGAUACAACUAAAAAGUUUAUUUAUGAACAAUUUAAAAGUCAAUUAAAAAUCAUACCAUAUGUUAACAAUAAUAAUACUUUAACACCGGUUAGUAUUGCAUCCAAUGAUGACACAAUGAUGCUUGAAUUUAGGACAGAUACUAGUUUUACAAAUAUAGUGAUUAACGUUACUUAUUAUAACAAUAUUAUUGCAAAACAAACAUAUAUACCGAUUAGUAGUUGUGUGAAAACAUUUUUGACAACCGAAAUGACCAAUGCUUUGACCAAAUCAAGUAUCGGCGAUGAAGUACUUUUAACCAUCAAUUCAAAUGAAAAUAUUGCCAUGCUCAAAUAUUAUUUUGUGGUUAACAAUAAAAUAUAUAAUGCAAGUACUGUUAACUUUACCAAACCAAAUACUGUCCAAAAUUUUCUAGUAGUUCCCGAUAAAUAUAUGGCACCCGUAGCACGAUUUGUGGCCAUGUUUUACAGUCCGACCAGCGAUACAUUGGCCACUGAUUUUGUUGACUUAUACAUUACACCAAAUGAUGUGUCAAAUCUAAAGUUAACAACAAUAUCAUCCAAUAAAACUGUAAACAAUUUUAAUCAAUUUACUGUUGAAUCAGCAGCUAAAUCAUCGCUAGUAUUAUUUGCCGGACACAAACUCAUCAAUGGUUAUCAAAUUCAAGAGUUUAAUGUUAUCAAUCAAAUUAAUGAAAUAUAUAACCAAGCUCAUUUAGCAAUGGCUAAAAAUCCCAUCACAUUAUCAUCACAAAUUACACUAUUGUCAAACACAAUUGCCAAAUGUGUUGAAGUCUAUGCAUCCAAUGAACAUGAUAUUGAUCCAUAUGAUCCAGAUUAUGAUAAGAUAAUCUAUAAUAAUAAUGGUAUGAUAAGUAGUACAUUGGUUUGGGAUAAAAUGCAAAUUAAUAGCAAUAAAGUAUCUUUGGAGGCAACUAUACCAUCGUUAAACAAUGGCAAAUGGGAAAUAUCAGCUAUGUCAAUUGAUGAUGACAAUGGUUUUAGUAUCAGCAAACAAACACUAUUAAUAUACAGAAAUUCAUCAGUGUAUAUGGAAAUAAAUAUUGAUUAUAACAUUAAACAAAAUGCACAAUCACAAUUAGAUAUUUUAAUAUACAAUAGCCUCGAUGAUGAUAUAAAUGCUAUUUUUAAACUAAACGAAACAACAUCAAACCAGUUAAAUCCUAAAAUCAAAUUUGAUCAAUGUCAUUUUAAUGUAUCAUUAAUAUCUAAGAAAAAAAUACUAAAAACUUGUUAUAUUGUGGAUAUGAAAGAUCCAAAAAUUACAUUUAACCAAAUAAUUAAUUUAAACUAUUUUGAUAAUAUUGUUGAAAAUUCAGUAAACAAUUAUUUGGUUUCAUUGUACGACAAUAAUGAUAAAAAUUGGUUUAAUCAAAUUGAUGACUAUGUUUACCAUGGUGAUUAUAAUUUUUUGCCAUUCGAUCAAAAAGCCAGUCCUCCAUGUAAUACUAGAUUUUUGACCAUGGUCAAUCAUGUCUAUAUGCUAUCAUAUAUGGCUACUCUAGGUACAAAAUCACAACCGGAUAUUGAUAAUGUAAUAGCAAUUAUUAAAUUAUGGAUCAAUAAUAAGUGUAUUUUAGCACAAUUUGAUGGCUCUAUAGCAUCACUGCAAUGUACAGAAGUGACACCCACUGGAGCUAACAGAUACAGUUCAACCAUUGGGACGAUUGAAUACUUGAAAAUGAUUAAACUAUUUCGUCAAUUCAAUAGUGAUUAUAAUAAUGAAAUCUAUUACACGAGUGCUUGGCUUAAAAGACAACAAUUAUUUACCGGCGAAUUCUUGGAAAGAGAUCCCAAUCAAAUUGUUAAAAUACCACCAAGCUCAUUUCCAGGUGCUUAUAUCACGGCACAUGCAUAUAUUGCACUGGUAGAUGAUAAUGAACAGGUAGUACAAAUGGAAUUUUAUAGGACACUGGAAUAUCUUGCAACUGUCUAUCCUAGACUAACAAAUUCAUUGGAUAAAAUAUUAGCAUGUUAUGCAUUGCACCUGGGUCAACAUAUCAACAAAGAUGUUUGUUUUGAGGAUAUAUUGCCACUAAUUAAGUCAGACAAUCAAAGUAGUCUAUAUGUGGAACCGGAUACUGAUCCCGAAGCCAGUAUCUAUAUGUUACAUUUGUUGGCAUAUCGUAAACAUUAUCAAUUGGCCAUUAAAUUUGUCAAAUAUUUGAAACUAAAAGAAAAAUCUGAUGGAAGUAUCACCGAUGGUAUUCCGAAUAUUCAUGCUAGAAAUAUAUUGAUUAAAUUAAUGAGAGAAGCAAAUAAUUUUAAAAAUAUUGACCAUAAAGUUACAGUAAAUAUUAAUAAUGCAAUUAAUUAUACUGUUAAUCAAGCAAAUGGAGUACCGUUUGUCCAUAAAUUGAAUGCCGAUAUCAAACAAAUCAAUAUUACGUCAAACGGUUUUGGAAAAUUGCAUUUAUAUUUAAUACAAAAUUAUAAUAAUCAUAAUGAGUUAAAUAACACACAACAAACAAAUUUAAUAAUGUGUAACAGCGACGACAAAACGAUAAAAUAUAAUAUAAGUGUCAAUGAAUUUAUUUUACCAAAAGGAGUAGUUUUGUUAAAAAAUCAAUUGCAUAACAUUUAUAUGCAAAAUGACAAACAAAUAAUAGUGAUGGAGAAACAAGAUUUAAAGCAAAUGUGUUAUUCGUUUGAUAUGCAAAUAACCUCUGAUUAUAAACAGCCAAAAGCUACUAAAUGA